CAUAAUACUGUAUUUCCUUGACUAAACACCAGGACUCAAAUAAACUACAAUCUUUGAAUAAAACCCAGAGAAUAAAGAUGCUGUUAAAACGAAAACUUGGGUCAAAAAGUAUGAGUCAAAAAAGUUACAUGUUAAAGUUCUCCACUGUAUAAGGUAAUGCAGUUUAGAAUGACAGGUAAGGAAUUUAAUUAAUUAAAAGUCUUCUUCUUCAAAUUGUCUAGAGUUGGAUAACACUUUCUAUUCUAAGGUUCAAGGAAACAUUUUUUGAAAUAAAAUUAUAAAUAUUGUUGAAAAGUGAGUGUGGGAAAGUCACAAUUGAGUUCACAAGUCAAGAGCUUAUCAAUCAAAAGGUAAUUAGGAAAACUCUGGUUUAAACUCACUGUCUCUUUUGAAAAUAGAUGAUGAAUUUGAACCAGAAAAAUGUAGUCACGAUCUUGAUUCCUACAAUGACAACAAAGCAAACACAAAUGACAAUGUAAUAACUGAAGUGGAAGACAAUGAAUAGGGUUAACUAUGAAAAGAAUAAUUAUUUCAAGUAUUGUAGCUGUUAAGCUUAAACACAGUCAAUAGUUUUUGCUAGUUUAGUAAACGUAUAAGUAAUUAAGGUAUGUUUUUCAGUUUUUAUCCAUUCAUCUCUUGUUGCAAGGUAAUAAACUGGAAGUGUAAAGAAAAAGAACUAAAAAGAUUAGUGAUAAGUCGAAACUUAUUCAAAAAUGUUUCAUCAUCCAAGAAAAUGAAGUUUUGCCUUACAGGCUCAGGAGUUUUCAUUUGUAUUGCUCAUUUCCAUUAUUUUUAAUCCAAAAUCCAUUUUGAUUUUUUAUCAAUGUUCGAAAGUAACUAUUUUGAACUGGAAGUGUAAAGAAAAAGAACUAAAAAGAUUAGUGAUAAGUCGAAACUUAAUAAAUUCUAGCCAUGAAAAAACCCUGGGUCUUCAAAUAAACCCAAGGGAAUAAAUACUUUUUGAAAAUAAACUUCUGGGAUUUAAUUGAGGAAAUACAGUAUCUCCAAGCUUUAGAUAAAAUCAAAUACCAAUAUAAAUUUUGUUUAUAGUUUUCAGAUAUGUUGUUAUAUACUGUUCGUGUAGCAUCACCAAGUUUGGAAUUUAAAGUUAAAAAACAAGUUUUUCUUCAAGAUGUUGUUAUUGAAAAAACAGAACCAAAAUUUGGAGCAAAUUUUUGCUUCAUUUUAUAUACUAAUGCUAAGACAUUUCUAUUGGCAGCAAAUUCAGAAGAAGAAAGAGAUAGAUGGCUUAUAGAUAUGAAAGAAGCUACACAGAGGAAAAAAAAAUAUAUAAAUUUAUAUCACACACCUGAAUCAGAAGAUUAUUUACACAAACUAUGUAUUCCUGAUUCUGAACAAGAUCAUACUCAGGAUAAUACUAAUAUAAUCAAACAUCAGCAUUCUUCAAAUUCACUGGUACAUGUUUGUUGGCAUCGAAAUACUAGCGUUAAUUAUGAAGAUUGUAGACAUUCUUUAUUGAAUUACUUUAGUGGACCAUUGUUAAGAAAAUUUAAAAACAGUAGUGGAUGGCAAAGAUUAUGGGUUGUAUUUGCUCAAUUUUCACUGUUUUUCUACAAAUCUUAUCAAGUAAGUAUUAUUAUUAAAACUAUAUUUAAAAUAUUUUUUAAAAGUAUUAUUUAUAAUGGUAAAGACAAUAGAUAUGAAGAUCUUACAAAUAUGCUUUAUCAUCAGAAAAGACAAAAUUAA